UCGGAGCAAAAGACCAGUUGUUUUUGAAUCAAAGGUAACUAAGUUCAACUUUAUUUAGCUUGUUCUACUGUAUUUUGCCCGUUUUCUGUCUCUUUUUUUUUUUUUGUUGCAUUUGUCUGUACUCUUUAAUUUCGUAUGGAGCACUUGUUAAGUUGAUUUUUUUUUUGUUCUUUUUUCUGUUAAAGAUUGUUAUGCAAUGGCUAAAAUAGGCUUAAGUAAGUUUUGUAAGCAAGAGGAUGAUCAUGAGUUGAAGGAUGUGCGAUGCAAACAUGGAUUUCUUUUGCCAUUGUUGACUUCUUGGACCCCAAGGAACCCUGGUAGAAGAUAUUGGAGUUGUCCAUAUUAUGGUGGUGCUAGAUCAUGUGAUUUUUAUCUUUGGAAGGAUGCUGACAUUGAUCCAAGAUCCAAAUUUGUUAUUCCUAAAUUGGUGGGAAGAAUUGGUGAACUUGAAGCAUCAUUGGAGUCUUUUGGAAAAGUGAUUACAAGCCUUCUGCAUGUGGAAAGCAAAAUUGAUAUGAACAACAUAGAAAUUCAACUAGAAAAUUUUGGAGAAGACAUUAAGAAGAUGAAAGGAAAAAAAGAAGAAGUGGAAGAGUAA